UUAUCAUAUGCGGCUUGGAGCGUUGGUGUUUUUAGGUUCUUCAUGUCUUAGAGCAGGUCGGUAAUCAGAAUGGUAAUAGGAACACACGAGGCAUGAAUACACCCUUGGCUGUGAUGCCAGUCCAUCAAGGGGCACCUUGCACACACAUUCACUCACACCUAGAGCCAGUAUGUUGUAGCCAGUCUACCUUUUGCAUGUUUUUAUGAUGUGGAAAAAAACAAAAGAACCCAGGUUAAAUAUAGACUAGAGGAAAAGACUACCGUGCACGGAAACUCCACACAGGCACUGACUGUGCUUAUCAUAUGCGGCUUGAAGCAUUGAUGUUUUUAGGUUCUUUGUGUCUUGUAGACCAGGUCGGUAAUCAGAAUGGUAACCGUAGGCCUACGCCACCCAAGGUGACUUGUUAAGCUCAUCCCUUUUGCAUCCUGCCUCACUGUGCAUCCUGAUCAAUAAUGUAGCAUAAUAACCCACAGCUUUAAUCUUUAUAUAUCUCCAUCCGGAUCCAGUGUAGUCAGCAAAACAGAUUUUAAAGCAUGACCCAAAAAGUGUCCAAGCUCAAAGGAAAUUAAAUCUGGGGGGGGGGCAGAUUUAAAGGGCAAGAUAGGUAUAGAAGUGCGGAUGGGGCAAACCACGCUAGCCGGAGAGGAAGUGAGAGAGAGAGAAAGAGAGAGAGAGAAGAGCAGCAUCAGCUCGCAUCCUGAAGCGCAUCACACCACGAAGAUCUCACGCACCGUCCACAAAGCAGCAAGAAGCAACCAGGAAAAGGACACUAUGUCAGUAAACUGCACGGUGUGUCGUGGCCGGACAUCGCCAUUGGGUUUUUUCACAGGGAUGCGGAUUUCUACAGGCCGCUGACUGAAACACCGCAACGAGGGAAGGACGGCAGACGCUCUAAAACCCUUAGAGUGCUUUGUGAACGCUGCGUCAGCUGACCUCACCCACCAACGAUCAUGUUAUCCAUUUUGGCUGCGGGCUCUGUGUUUUUCCCGGGGCUCUUCCUCUUGUCCAAGCAAUGUCUGAAACGGCUGCCUGGUCUGAGAUGGGGCGAGGGGGAUGCGGUCAUGGUGUCAGCCAGGUUGGUGUCAUCAGUCCAAGCAGUCAUGGCCUCCUCAGCUGGUUACAUCAUCUCGACUUCCUGUGAUGACAUCAUCAAGGAUCAGCACUGGCUGACCACCUCCUACAUCCUGUUUGCUGUGCCCUACUUCGUGUACGAUAUAUACGCUAUGUUCCUGUGCUACUGGCACAAGCUUCAGGUCAAAGGUCAUGAGAUGGAUAACGGGCCCAAAUCCAAAACUGUGGUCCUGAGAAGCUACCUCCGCAGAGAGUUCCUCAUGGUCUUACAUCAUGUCGUCAUGGUCACCGUGUGCUUCCCAGUCUCCGUGUUCUGGAGGCAGGGGAAGGGUGAUUACUUCCAAGGCGUCAUGUUCCUAGCUGAGCUCAGCACUCCCUCCGUCUGCCUAGGCAAAAUCCUUAUUCAGUACAAGCAGCAGCACACGUUACUUCACAAAGUGAACGGGGCUCUCAUGCUGGUCACUUUCUUCAUCUGUCGAGUCCUUCUCUUCCCCUACCUCUACUAUGUUUACGGCAGAUACGCGUCCAUCCCUCUUUACCAGGUACCUCUUGUUUUGCCGUGGCAGUGUAACUUGGGGGCUGCUCUGCUCAUGGCGCCUCAGCUUUACUGGUUCUCCCUCAUCUGCCGUGGGGCUCUGCGCUUGUUCACUAGAGGCUCCUCACGUUCCCGUAAGCCCACCUCUCCGUCCAGGUUCCUGCCAGACCGACACUCAUCUUCUUUUCAGCAAGCCAAUGGCUACGGAGGUCAGGUGGACACCCUAGAUCCACCCACCACCAUGAUCCACUAAGAAGAGACACUCAGAUAAAGAACAACUGUAUACCUGUUUGUAUGUGUAUGAGUUUGAGUCUAAGUGGGUCACAAAAUGAAGCCUGAUUGAAUUAACUGUGCAGAAGAAGAAGAAGAAGAAGAGGAUGAAGCUGAUAUAAUCAAAGAAAAAUAUGUGACGUUGGAUCUACACAAAGUGUAACAGAAUAGUUGUACUAUAGCAGUACAAUACAGAACUCUUUUUAGCUCCAAGAUCCCUGUACUGCAUAUAGGACUUCUUUAGUAGACAUAUAAGAGCUGUGCUCAUAAAAAAAAAAACAACAAAAAAAAAAAAACAGAGAGAGACUGGAAUGAACUUUGCAGUUGUGUUUGCACAGUAGGCAAGCCUAUGUCAAAUGCACAAAUGUUUGAAAAACUGAGGCAAUAUGCGUCAUUAUUAUGCAUUAUUAUGACACUAACUGGGUUAUAAUGACUGAUUAGAGAGGCAUGUAUUGAUUUGCAAAAAAUAAUACAUCGAACGACAAAUUGAGUUUCAUGG